ACCCCAUCCACCAUCCACCAUCCACACCUCGAUCAUUAUGGAAGGAUUCGACCUGCCCAUGAGUUUCGGUAAGAAGCCCAAGCGAGGGGGUGGUGCGCCGACUGUCAGCAAGCAGCGCAUGGCUGAGACGAAGAGAGCUCCUGUGCCUCCGCCGCGCGAAGCUCCUCCAUCACAGCCUCUCCCAAGUUCCUCGGGUCCAAAAUCAACCGAAAAAGACGAAGAAGAAGCCGGGCCGCAGCCGCCGAAGCGUAAGGCUGAGUCGGACGACAGCGACGACGAGUUUGAGCCCGAGGAAGACCGGACACCUGUGACACACGAGAUCGUGCUCAAGGACCACACUAAGCUGGUCUCGGCGCUGGCGGUUGACCCGCCUGGCGCGCGCGUAGCGACGGGCAGUCACGACUAUGACUGCAAGCUGUGGGACUUUGGGGGGAUGGACUCGCGCCUGCGCCCGUUCAAGAGCUUCGAGCCGAACGGGACGUACUUUGUGCACGACCUCUCGUACAGCCCCGACGGCAAGCACCUGCUGGCGGUGAGCGGGACGUUCUACCCCAAGGUGUUUGGGCGCGACGGCAACGAGCCGAAGGAGUUCAUGAAGGGCGACGUGUACAUCCGCGACAUGAAGGUGACGAAGGGGCACAUCGCCGAGAUCAACGCGGGCAAGUGGCAUCCUACGGACAACGCCGUGUUCCUGACGUGCGCGAACGACAGCACGCUGCGCGUGUGGGACGUACGCGAUACAAGCAAGCAGAAACACGUCGUCGUCGUCCGCUCCAAGGCGCGCGGGAACAAGACACGCGUCACCAGCUGCUGCUGGAGCCCAGAUGGCAAGAUGAUCGCCGCAGGGUGUACGGACGGCGCGGUGCAUGUGUGGAGCACGAGCUCGAACUAUGCGCGGCCGGACAAGAGUAACGAGAAGGCGCAUGAGAAGGAUGCGGAGAUUACGUGCGUCGCGUUCUCUCCCGACAGCAGGCGCCUCGUCAGCCGGUGCCAGGACGGGACGAUCAAGCUGUGGGAUCCGAAGAACUUGCGGCAGCCGCUCGCGACAGCGAGCGGUAUCGACAACAGGUACUCUGAGACCGAAGUGGCGUGGUCUCCCGACGGCCGGUUCGUGCUUGCGGGUACGGCCGUGAACCCGAAGGACGACGCUGCGGUGGGCGAGGUUCUCUUCCUCUCGUCCGACGACCUGUCGGUCCAGCGUCGCGUGCCGAUUGCCAAGGCUUCAGUCGUGCGCGUACAAUGGCACAGUCGAAUCAAUCAGCUCUUCGCGUCGUGCUCCAAUGGCGAAGUGUACGUCCUCUACUCGCCGCACGCCAGUAUCCACGGUGCGCUGCUCCCGCUCGCAAAGAUGCCGCGUGCCAAGCCGCGGGACGUGAGCUACACGACAGCGGACCUCGCACCGGUUGUCUUCGCGCCAGAUGAGCACGGCCAGAUCAGCGCCGAUCAGCGACACGGUCUCAGCCUGCAUCAAAUGGAGAAGCGCGCGAAACGGUUCAAACCCACCGAGCCGCUGACGGGUGCGGGCCGGGGCGGGCGCAUCGGCGCGAGCGCUACUGCGGGCUUCGUGCAGGAGAUCUUUGGGAAUCGCGUCGGCCUUGAGGACCCGCGCGAGGCGCUGCUCAAGUACGCGACGAAGGAGGAGCAGGAACGCGUCAGGUUCCUCGCCAAGUCGCCGCCGCCAGGGCGCGACGACUAGUCGGUGCGCAGGACGCGGCGCGUUCUUGCGGCCCCGCGGCCUCAGGCGCGGCUGAUCGUUCCGUCGCGUCACAUCGUAUAUGCAUGGAUAUGUGCGCGAUGAAGUAGUAUGCUGCCCUCGCAAUUGAUGACAUCACGUUGAUAAAUUGUGGCCCACUGGCAACUAUUUGCCUACAAUGGCUAGCACUAUGCAUGCGAUGGUGCGCU